AUGCUGAAUCUCCGGAUUGGUACUAUUAACUGCCGCACCCUGAGCUCCAGGACAAGAAUUGCCGCGUUGGAAGAGGCCACAAUGGAGGUACCUUUCGAUAUAAUCGGAUUAUGCAGUACACAAAGAAGAAGAUACGAAGUUUUAAAAUUACAGCUAAGUGGUCAUAUGAUUUUCUUUUCCGACUCAACAGGGUUUCUGGUCAAUAAGAAAUGUAUUAAUUGCUGUUUUUUUCACCCUCUUUGUGACAGAGUCUCAUACAUCGACAUUCUCACAAAAACCAGCCGCUUUCGUGUAAUUCAAGUGUACGCACCAACGAUUGACUAUGCCGACAACGAAUACGCCGAUUUCCUUCAAAUUGUUUCUGAAGCACUGCUAUCACGCUUCCAAAGUCCUCCACAAAUUAGAUAUUCCACAUACAAAGUUGUCGUUGGAGAUUUCAAUGCUAAAGUCGGAUGUGGAGAAUUGGGAGAGAACUUUAUAGGGCCAUAUGGUCUAGGAACGCGCAACCGAAGAGGAAACACAUUGGCUAGUUUCUGUUCGGAAAAUGAGCUUUAUCUGAUGAAUAACCGCUUCCCAAAAAGGCUUACCAGAAAAUGGACAUGGAUAUCUCCUAAUAUGAAAACAAGAAAUGCCAUCGAUUUUGUUUUAUCAACGAACCCCUCCAUUUUCCUUGACGUGGACAUCAUCGGUCGGUUCCACAUCGAUAGUGAUCAUCGGCUCGUCAUGGCAAAAAUUCGUCUGCCGUCUCAAUUCCAUUACUUUCGAAAUAACUGCAAGUGUAAGACAGUUUUGAAUAGAUCAAUUUUCCGUUCUACUUUAAAACAACUCGCAACUGCCGCCGAUCUAAGUAAUUAUGAGCAACUGAAAGCUACAAUAAAAAUAGCCGCUACUGUUGCUACAUCCAGGACAAAAGAGACCCACAUUUCCGAUACGACAAGAAAACUGUAUGAAAUUCGACAUCGACUUUUACAUCAACAGUCUGCUAAAAACGCUGUGGAAUUUUCAAUUGUCAGCAAAGCACUGCGGCUCUCUUUGAAAACAGACAUCGAGCAGAAACAUCUGAUGCGAUUACAUCAAGCAAUCUCUAGAAGUGUUAGCCUUCGAAGAGCUCUACAGGCGAACCAAAUCUUCACAAGAACAUUGACACAACUGAGGAAAGAAGACGGCUCAGUCGCGGGAUCUCCUGCUGAAGUCGCCAAAGCAGUCUAA